AUGCUGGUUGUAGGGACUGUUAUAGCAGAUAGUCUGUGUGGAAUGCUGGUUGUAUUGACUGUUAUAGCAGAUAGUCUGUGUGAAAUGCUGGUUGUAUUGACUGUUAUAGCAGAUAGUCUGUGUGGAAUGCUGGUUGUAUUGACUGUUAUAGCAGAUAGUCUGUGUGAAAUGCUGGUUGUAUUGACUGUUAUAGCAGAUAGUCUGUGUGGAAUGCUGGUUGUAUUGACUGUUAUAGCAGAUAGUCUGUGUGAAAUGCUGGUUGUAUUGGUUGUAUUGACUGUUAUAGCAGAUAGUCUGUGUGGAAUGCUGGUUGUAGGGACUGUUAUAGCAGAUAGUCUGUGUGAAAUGCUGGUUGUAUUGGUUGUAUUGACUGUUAUAGCAGAUAGUCUCUGUGGAAUGCUGGUUGUAGGGACUGUUAUAGCAGAAAGUCUGUGA